CAUUUUGCUGACAUUCCUCACCUUCGAAUUCGAACUGCAAAUGGCCAACUCCUCUGACAUACCGCUGCAACGGUGCGCAGAUCUAAUAAUAAAAUCCGAUACGCCGAAGGGAAGAGGGGUCUUCGCCGCGAAAGAUAUCCCCGCGAAAACAGUCAUUGAUGUCUGCCCUGUGCUGGUCUUGGGCGUACAAGAGAAUGUGGAUCACAUUGAGCACACCUCGCUUUAUCAUUACACCUACAAUUGGCCAACGGAGAACGAUCGUGGGGAGAAGACGGUCUCGCAAGCUGUGAUACUCGGCCUGGGCUCCAUGUUCAAUCACUCUACCCAGCUCCAGAAUGUGGUGUGGGAAAGAGACACAGAACGUCUCAUCAUAAUCUAUCGCUCACAGCGCGAUAUCUCUGCUGGCGAAGAACUUUGCAUAUCCUAUGGGAGUCAUUUGACCUUUAAAGACGUAGAUGCUCCGACUCCACUUUCACCCGAAGAAGAAUUAGAGCAGUUCAACCAGAUACAUCUGGAUUGA